AUGCAUAACGUUUGGAUAUUCAUUUUUGGACUUUUCAUUCAACAGAGAUAUGCCUAUGGAGUACAACAAAUCUAUUUAGCUAAAAAUAUAUGUAAAAUUGAUGGAUCUCAUGUCGGUAUAGAAUAUACUAUAUCAAUUCUAUAUACCAGGAGUUUUCUUAAUUGUUUAACAGCAUGUUUUCAAUAUCCCCUAUGUGAAUCUGUUAUUUUUGACAAAUCUACUCACUAUUGUCAAUUGAAAAGCGACCUCUUGAUACUGGAAAACACGUUAUCUUGUGGUGAUUUAAUCUAUAUGCAGCUAUAUACGGAAGCUCCACCAUCAUCACCAUGUUGUUCAUCAAAUGGAAACUUCAGCUCUAUUGGUGGUACAACUCUAUACCCACAAGAACAAACUACUUCUGGACCAACGUUUACACUUUUACCAUCAGUUGAUAUGUCUAUUUAUAUUGGACCUCAAACCAAAAACAUAUUCGUUGCAAGCGCAAAUUGUCAUCAUAUGGGCGGAGAAUUGGUCAAAUUAGACACAGCUGGGAAACACAAUGCUGUCAAAGACUAUAUCAUUGAUAUAGGUCAAAACGAAGAGAAAUUUUAUAUCGGACUCUUCGCCCGUCUACUUGGAUGGGGAUGGGCCGACGGUACUCGUUUGGACUAUGAAAAUUGGAGUCGUCUACCAAUGCUUUUACAAACAUGUGCUGUAAUGGAUAAGAAUGAAAAUUAUGAAUGGCUUGCAACCGGUUGUCUAGAGAGUUUUGCAUAUAUAUGUGAACUGAAUUAA